AUGAGGACGCCUCCGCUUCCAUCGCCGGCCGAGGCUCCCUCGCCUGUCGCCGCGUCCCAGUCCCAUCCUCACCCUCAUGAACCUCGUGGUCCUUCUGCCUCUGUCUCUACACCCUCUUUUCUCCCAAAAGACAACGAUGAUGACGGAAGUGUGAUGCUGGACGAUAGUUUGCGGAUAGCUAACACUCAUGCUGCAUCUUUGCAGCAUCAACAGACUCCGGACGUGUCCUGUAUAUCGUCAAAUAAUAUUCCUUCCGAGUACAAGAGCUCCGACUCGGGAAAAGGGUCUCAAGAAGACCACGGUCGAAGCCUGCAGACCCUGAGAGAGUUACGGAGACAGAUGGAAGAAUUGCUCGCCUACCAACAGAUGCAACAACAAUCCCAGGAUCAGGACGUCACUGCUGCCGCUGCUGCUCCUCCCAGUCGAGAAGCUUUUGCUUCUCCUGUUCCUCCCCUUAGCCUUCCUUCUGCCCCGCGAGACGAUCCGCCGCCUUGUUCCUCAUCUCCCCACGAAUCUUCCAAGAAACGGCGCAUCUCCAAUGACGAAUCUCCGCAACUCCCUGCUUCCUCGUCCGGUGCCAUGCCCUCUGCAGCCGCAUACUCCGACUCCACCAGUUCUGCUGGCACCAUCCGCCCCCCAGAUUCCAGUAAUAAUCCCAUGCUCGCCGGGCAGACCCCGUCCUAUCCGUUUCCCAAGAUGUACCCCUCGCCAUCUCCCGCCGCCGCCAGAUCGGCGCAGGAGUCAUCACCAAUGCUCAACCAGAGUCAUUUCAAAUUGACACUCCCCGCAGAGAAGUUGAAAAUCGGCAAGGGCCCUUCCUCGCAGCCGUCGGAUGAGCGGCCGCCCCCGGUGAUGAAGACGUCGACACCUCACAGUGUAUUCCUGCCGCCACAACAUAAACCCGUCAUGGAAGAUCCGAUAUACCCCAGUCCAAACCUAUACGAUAUUACUCUUCAACUCAGUGCGGACCCGGGCCUUGAUGCUUGGUGGUCCAACGUUGUCAACAUCCUACAGACAUAUUAUGGUGCGGAACGGGCUUCUUUGGCGGUCCCCGGGGAUGCGACGGAUUUGGAGAACGUGCCAUGGGGGCAAAAAGCGGUGUUUGACCAAAAUCUCAGCGAAGAUCCAGAUAGCAUCCACCAACUCUACGGCGAGACGACUCGGGCGGGGCCCAGCGAAGCGGACUCGCACAACACAGGGACAGUGGCGAACAACAGCAUCAUCAAUGUUAAUACCACCAAUAACACCACGGAUAGCCAUUCGCGGUUGGGAUCGGUAUCUGCCGCCAAACGGCCAUCACUUCUGUCGCGGCAUUCAUUUGCUGGAUUCGGGAAGGACCGCAAGCAUGCCGCUGAUCAGGAUCCGUCGCAACUACUACAUAAGAUAAAAAUUGAGAAUGCGCAGUCAGCUGCCACCACCAAUGCUAUGGACGUGGAUUCUGAGCUCUCGCAGAGUACUCCGACAGGCAAUCGCGACAAGGAGAACGUGAUGACACCGCAGACGCAUUCACUUGAUGACGCCUUGAUCACCACAACACAGCACAGCUACCGACAAGCCGUCUUCCCGAUACCCCGACCAUUGGAGGUUGAGUCGGAUCCGCUCAUCAAACGAACGGGUGUCGUCAAGCUGUUUGGCCGCACAAAGCCAGUUGUUCUGACCCGGGAAUAUUCAAAGGGAUCGGCGAAUGUCUGCUCAGAAAAUCACGGUGGAACAAUGGCUCGAUCUCCCGCGGACGACAAGGUUCAAGUCACACCGACGGCCGAACCAAUUCGUCCCGGUGUCCCCCAAACCCCGUCUCGACCUGCCGGCUCGACCCUUCAGGCUCCGGCACUCGUGCCUGGGCUGCCGCCGUCAAUGGAGGUUUCGGAUGAGUAUGAGCAAGUUCCCCCGUCGCCCUGGUCACAAUCACCCGCGCCAUCGCCGGCUCCGCGGGCGCAGGCUGAGCAGAAUCCAUUCUUUGUCAGUUAUUCGGUCGACGAGUCGGCAUUUGCGAAGAAUCCCCCUCCACACGACUACUCCAACCUUCAGCCCUUGCAAGCGAUCGGGGUCGACCUCGCCAAAUCUGUUGUGCACAUUCCUCUCCUUCACGCUGGCAGCUCCAAACAACCCUCGUCGUCUACCUUACGGUUCCCUGUUGCUGUGAUUUCCAUCCUGUCACCUAUCAUCCCUUACCCGUCGAAUCUGCGACAGUCACUUGCGUAUCUGAUGCCACAUUUGACCACGUCGUUUUGUCUGGCGCAGCAAUACAGUCAGCUGGAACGGCAAUUCGUUUCUCGUCUCGAAACGCCACGGUACGGACAUCUGUUGGGCCUGGGUGGGACAUUCUCCGAUGAGAGCAGCGAACUGGAGCUCGUGGCUGGGUUGAGUGGACACGUUAACUAUAGAAUGGCGGAGGAUGGUACCAUUUCAGCACAUGCCAGCUUAUCGAGUCCCGACGAGAAGUCUAAUUCGACCAAACUCAGUCCUCCCAUCCCCGGAGGGCCUGGUGGCACACCUGGGUUCGAACUGGGCACCUUGGGGGCUGCGACCGCGAAUAAUACCGACCAGAACGACGUUUCUGGACCAUCUAUCAAACUAAGCCGAGAGGCGGCAGAUAGUUAUUUCAAUGUUCCGCAGCAGCAACACAAGAGCUUCCGUGAAGCCAUCAUGCACCAGCAACGGAGGCGACUAUCAAAGGCGAAAGAGCAGGUGACCAUGCCGGACCCUGCGUUGCCAGGAAAGUCCCUGGCCAAGGCCUCGACCGAUGACGAUUCGGCUUUGCAGGAUCCGAACGCUGUGGCACCGUCCCCUAUGCAGGAACCCCGGUCCCAGGCUGCCGCUUCGCCUACUCAACCGUCGACUUCACGUCAUCCGUCAGCAAACUCGUUAUAUGCGCAGUUGCAACGCGAAAUCCCUCGUCCGUUUUCCGAUACUGUUGCGCAGUUGAUGCUUAACUCGGUUCCGCUGCACUUGUUUCUGGCUAAACCACAGAGUGGUGAAGUAAUUUGGACCAAUUCCAAAUUCGAUGCUUACCGGAGGAGUCAACCCCAAGAACAGAAAAUGCGGGACCCGUGGCAAAACAUUCACAACAGCGAGCGCGAGCAUGUCUCGCAAGAAUGGGCCAAUGCGUUACGAACUGGCUCUCAAUUUACAGAACGAGUGCGGGUAAAACGCUUCAAUGACGAAUCUGCCUACCGUUGGUUCAUUUUCAGGGCCAACCCGUUGCUCUCAUCGACCGGGGAGGUUCUGUAUUGGAUUGGAUCAUUUCUCGAUAUUCAUGAACAGCAUAUCGCCGAGUUAAAGGCUGCACAAGAACGAGAGAAGUUCGCGACCGACGCCAAAUACCGAGCAUUCUCCAAUUCGAUUCCGCAGGUAGUAUUUGAAGCAGCAGAAUACCGUGGUCUGAUUUUUGCAAACGAGCAAUGGCACCUGUAUACGGGCCAGAAACUUGAGGAGGCGCUCAAUUUCGGCUUCGCAAAACACAUACAUUCCGACGAUCUAGAAAAAUGCGGCCUGCUUUCCCACCACCUUAUCGGCAAGACCGACUCGAAGGACCCGUCAUCGUCAGAACUUCCUAAGGGGAAAAAUGCGCCUCCCGAGCGGCACUUCGGCCAUGGAUUCACCCCAGCUCUGGAUGAGCUCGUGAAGCGUGGCGUUGCCUCCGUGCAACAGGACGAAAAUGGACGGGUGUUCUAUUCGACCGAGAUUCGUCUUCGCUCCAAGGGAGGCGACUUCCGUUGGCACCUGGUCCGCUUGGUUCGGGUCGAAACCAGCAGUUUUGGCAAUGGCGAAGCGUCGUGGUACGGAACGUGCACUGACAUUAACGACCGGAAGAACUUGGAGCGGGAGCUGAACAAGGCCAUGCAACAACUAAACAACCAAAUGGAAUCCAAGACUAAGUUCUUCAGCAACAUGUCCCACGAGAUCAGAACCCCGCUUAAUGGAAUCCUUGGCACUAUCCCGUUCAUCCUCGACACCCAGUUGGACACGGACCAACGGCGAAUGUUGGACACCAUCCAGAAUAGCUCUACCAACUUGCGUGAAUUGGUCGACAACAUCCUCGAUGUUUCCCGCGUGGAAGCCGGUAAAAUGUCGUUGGUGAAUUCCUGGUUCCACGUCCGGUCCGUGAUCGAAGACGUGAUCGAUACUGUGGCGUCGAGAGCCAUCGACAAAAGCCUUGAAAUUAACUAUCUGAUGGACGUCGAUGUGCCGCCAACGGUCAUUGGUGAUCGAUUCCGUAUCCGGCAAGUUCUCAUCAACCUCGUGGGUAACGCAGUCAAGUUCACUUCGCAGGGAGAGAUCCACAUCUGCUGUUCGAUCCACCAUGACCCAUCUGCCCUAGCGAAAAACACGGAGUUGUUGUUGAACUUUGAUGUCGUCGAUACUGGCAAAGGCUUCAGUGCCAGAGAUGCAGAGCGUUUGAUGCAGCGGUUUAGUCAACUUGGACAGAACGGGUCACAGCAGCAUGCAGGCAGCGGAUUAGGAUUGUUCCUGUCCAAACAACUGGUGGAAAUGCAUGGCGGUAAAUUAACACCCAGUAGCAAAGAGGGCCAAGGUGCAAAGUUCUCGUUCUACGUCAAAGUCGAUGCACCUCCUCCAGUAACGCCGGAAGAACAGUCCAAGGGUGCCCGUCAGCAAAAAGCAUCGGAUGCGAAGACGAAGCCAAACCAGGAAGCGGUUGGCGCUAAAAGUCCAAAAUCCCCUGCGCCCGAGACUCCGGCUUCUCAGCCACCUACCAGCACCGACUCUUCCGCACAGCCUGCGCUACCAAUUCCGGCCGAAAACUCAUCUGUAGCGACACCAGACACCAGCGGUGCUAAGAUGGACGUUCCCAAACCUGAUGAAUCAGCAUCGGCACCAGCGGUAGAACCCAAGUCGUCACCUCAACAAGCCAGCCCUUGUUCCAUUCUCAUUCUCUGUCCGCUCGAAAACACGCGCAAGGCCAUCCAGCAGCAUAUUCAACAGGUAGUGCCUCAUGAGGUUCCGUUCACGAUCAAAGCGUAUCCUGAUAUCGACGAUUGGAGGGAUAUGGUAAACGAAGGUACUGGCUCUAGCAUGACUCACUUGGUUCUCAACCUGCCAAAUGUUGACGACGUUAUGGAUGUAAUCCAAUACGUUUCCGAGUGCGAACCGACUGCUGCACCGACGCUGGUUCUCAUUUCUGAUCUCUAUCAGAAGCGUCAAGUCAACCCGAAGAUCAAAGAGUUGUCCGCAAGUGGAAGGAAGGUCUACACGGUACCAAAGCCGGUCAAGCCCUCGGCAUUCUCGGCCAUUUUCGACCCAGACAAUAGGCGUGAUCUCAGCAAAGAUCGGAACCAAGAUAUGGCGAGGGAGAUCAACAACAAUUUCAAGACCAUGUCCAAGAUGGUCAAGGAGGUCAUUGGUAACAAAGGCUAUCGGGUAUUGCUUGUCGAGGAUGAUGAAACGAAUCGCAUGGUCAUGUUGAAAUACCUUGACAAAAUUAAAGUCAUGGCUGAAACCGCAUCCAAUGGUCAGGAGUGCACGGAAAUGGUCUUCUCCAAAGAGCCAGGCUACUACUCCCUCAUUAUUUGCGACAUCCAAAUGCCAGUCAAGAACGGUUAUGAUACUUGUCGAGAGGUCCGCGGCUGGGAACUCAAGAAUCACUACCCUCAAAUCCCGAUCAUGGCCUUGUCCGCGAACGCAAUGACAGAUCAGAUCGAAGAUGCAGCGCGUGCUGGUUUCAAUGACUACGUGACCAAGCCCAUCAAGCACAAUGAACUUGGAAAGAUGAUGAUGGGACUACUUGAUCCCAAUCGACCUCUGCUUUUGCUUCGUGAUCGUCUCCGCGAAGACAAUGAAAAUGAUGACAGUCAUCGCGAAGAAUAA